CACAGACCAUCCUUUAAAUUUCCCCCAACGCAAAACCAUUAGACGCGCAUACGCUCCGUUUCGCACAAUAUCAAAUCAAAUCUUACGCAAAAACUAAACGUAUCUCAAUUUCUCUCGUGUAUCUGCACAUUCUUUUCUUUAUAAGUCUUUUCUUCAAUUCACUCUCUUCCAUAUUAUUUUCUUCGCAAUAAAAAUUCCAAUAAUCAACGUCUUCUAUUUCGUUUCUAUUUACCUCUUCGAAUUUCGGAGAUUCGAUAACAAUUCAACGUAACGGAAAAGAAUGGCGGAAGAACACAGAUGCCAGGCACCACGCUUAUGCGUCAACAAUUGCGGUUUCUUUGGAAGCACCGCGACGCAGAAUCUAUGUUCAAGGUGUUACCGCGAUUUGCAGAUGAAGGAACAGCAAGCUUCAUCAGCGAAACUCGUUCUCAAUCAAUCGAUUGUAUCGCCGACGAAAGCGGUGGUUUCUCAGCCGUCUUCUUCUUCGUCGGAGCGGGUUGGAUUGCCUUCCGUUGCGGAGGAGGAGAAACCGUUGCAGCAGAAUCGGUGUAUGACGUGUAGAAAGCGCGUGGGGCUCACGGGGUUUAAGUGUAAGUGCGGGUUGAUGUUGUGUGGGACCCACCGUUACCCGGAGCAGCACGCGUGCGAGUUUGAUUUUAAGGGGUUGGGGAGAGAGCAGAUCGCGAAGGCGAACCCGGUUGUGAAGGGCGAGAAGCUUGAGAAGAUCUGAGAAAGAAAGGAAGGGUGUUGUGGUAAUUUCGUAUUGUUUUGGUUGCCGAUUGUUAUCCG